UAUCAGUCCCAGAGUGGUACGGUAAUACUGUCAGAAGGUUAAAGUUCAUACCAACGAACAACUAUACUAGCUCCAGGAAAGUCUUUGUUGAAAUGUAUUUUGAAGAUUGGAAAAGACAUGACAGACUCCAACAAGAUGAUCAUCAACUUGGCCCUCUUUGGCAUGACUCAGAGUGGAAAAAGUUCUGUUGGGAACAUUCUGCUGGGAAGCUCUGACUUCCACAGCAGCUUUUCUCCAUGUUCUGUGACCAAAGUUUGUUGUCUGGGUCGCAGUUGUCACCUCUGUGGCUUCAUGCGUCGAGGGGGACAAGAGAUAACCCUGCAGAUUCAGGUGUUGGACACUCCAGGUUACCCACACAGCAAGUUGAAUCAGGAGCAUGUGAAACAGGAGGUCAAGCACGCCCUAGCACAUCACUUCGGGCAAGAAGGUCUCCAUCUUGCACUGCUGGUCCAGAGAGCAGACGUGCCAUUUUGCGAACAAGAAGCAUCUUCCUUAGUCCAGAUGAUUCAGGAACUUCUGGGACAUGCUUGGAAGAAUUACACUGCCAUUCUUUUCACCCAUGCAGAAAAAAUAGAAGAGGCUGGGUUCAGUGAAGAUGAAUACUUGCAUGAGGCCCCUGAAACACUGCUAACGGUGCUAAAUUCUAUUCAGUGCAGAUAUAUUUUCCAGUAUAAAAAAGAAAAUUCAUUUAAUGAACAAAGAUUAAAAAUGUUAGAAAGAAUCAUGGGAUUUAUAAAAGAAAAUUGUUACCAAGUUCUUACCUUUAAAUAAAAUUUAGAUAAAAGGAAAAGAGCUUUGGGUUUUAGAGUCAGAAACCUUGUUUUAAACAGCUUUGUUAGAAUGGAUGAGGACUGUCAGAAUUCCCACAGGCUACUGGUAAGAGUGUACAUUUGUAUAGGCAGUUUUGGACAACUGUUUUGCAGUUAAGAAGAAUAUAAAAUAAUCAAGACCUCUAAUGCAAAUCCUAUGACACAGCAAUUGCCUUCCCUUUAAGUAUAUAUUCAGCAGAAAUGUGUAUAUUUCUGCACUAAAAGACAUGUAUGUACAAGAAUACUCAUAGCAGUACUUUUGCUAAUAGCUAAAUAGCUUUUAGAAAUUAUCCAAAUGUCCAUUAACAGUAAAGUGGAUAAGCAAAUUGAGGUAUAUUUACACAAUGGAGUAUUAUACAAUAAUGAGAAUGAGCGAACUGCAACUGCAAGGAACGAUAUCAAUGAACUGCCCUAACAAAAAGUUUAAAGAAGCCAGACAUAAAAGAGUAUAUAUUAUAUGGUUCCAUUUGUAUAGAGUCCAAAAACAGUCAAAACUGAUGUAAUAUAAACUACUCUGAUGUUAGAAGUGUUGGAAAUCUGGAAAGGUCACUCUUGGGAGGAGAUAAUAAGCAUGCACUGGGCAGCUUCUGAGAUUCUGGUAACAUUUUGGUUUUGACCUGGAGGCUAGUUUCAGUGUGUUAACUUUGUGAAAAUUCAACAACAAACACUUCUGAUUCAUAAACUGUUUAGUAUAUCUUUUUUAUCUAAAUAAAAGUAAAAUGAAUAAAUUAUUAUCUAUAUUUUUAAAACUUCCUCCACUGCUUACUUGAUACUAGAUGAGGAAAACUAAUCCUGUGAAAUCCUCAUCUGGAAUAUAUACUUGAUAGUUACCGUAAUGAUUAAACAACUUGGCUCAUGGUAGAUGCUCAAUAAAUGUUAACUUUCUUUUCUGCCAUCUUAUGAUCUGUGGUUCCUAUUUAGGGUUGGAAAUGUAGGUAAAGAUUCACAGCCAAGCCUUACAGCAGAAAUAAGGGUAACAAUUUUAAUAACCAAAUAUGAAUAAGCCUUGGCUGAAGAAGCAGCUUCUCUACCUUGAAGGUUAGUCACUGGCUUUGUAGAGAGCUCCAGGAUGGUAUCCAAGACAGCAGGUAGGAUGGAAGGAAGAUAAUUCUAGUUAACUCUAAUAUCCAAGACUACCACGAAAUCAAAAUUGGAUCACCCUCAUGUUUAACAUUUGUACAUGAGCUUUAGAACUUAUAAAAUUCUUUCACUAGGAUAGUUCCCAAUUUACAAACAGCUUGGUUUCAUAUUUUUUAAGUGUGCAAUACACUGUAUUUCAUAUUAGAAACAGAAUUAUAGCUGGUAAUUAUUCUGCUAGGCCUUCAAAAGCCUACUUAAUGCUUAAUUUUACCUGAACUCCAGCACAAAUGGUAUUAGAAAGCCUAUAUAACCAACAUUUAUAAAAUGCUUCUAUGAGAAAGCAUAAUUCAAAUUCCAACUUGAAACCAUAUCCCUCUUCAUUUCUCUGCAGUGCCCCUUCUAUCAUGGGUCCAGGAUUGUAAAGUGAAAGCUUCAACAAUGGGACUCAUUUAAGAACCAAACAGGAAUUGACACUUCUCCAGGGGUUGGUCACUUGGUGACAAAGAAUGAGAUUUGAGGCUCAGGAGUUAAAAUUGAAGUGAGUGCUGAAGAGAGGGGAAAAUGCAGGUUUUAAGUCCUUCAUAUUCUUCACUCAUGUGAUAUCAGUUAAUUCUUCUAGAAUGUAAAUACUAGUUUCAAGAAAGAUAAGUUGUGCAGAACAUGAAGGGUUCAAGAUCUCCAAGACUGGCCUGGUGUUAAUGAUUAAUAGAGGAAAGGUGCCUCCAGUUUCAAAAAGGAAGACUUCUGUGAUGUUGACCUGAAUUACUUAUUUUUAUUAUAUAUAUUUGCAUAUAUAUAUCUAUUUAAAUAACUCCCUAAAUGUGAUAUUACAUACUUGACUUUAUUUUAGUAGUUGUAUUUUGCUUUUUUGAUUUGCCUUUACCGCUCUCCUCCUUCCAUCUCUCCUCUUCAUGCACAUCAGCCAAUUAGAGAGACUCAUGUCAACAGAGCAUGAUAUGCACCGUUCCUAUUUUCUGUAAGUCCAAGUAAUUGCAUACA